AUUGCUUGUUCAUCUGUCCUUACUGCCUUGCUCCUGGCUCGCACAAUACCCCUGUUCACGUUCCUUAGAUUUUGCGAGUAGGCUAAGGAUACAGACCGCUCUUACCUCUUCUCGAGGUUACCUGCUGCUACUCGCUCCGAUCCAUCAAUCGAAUUGCAGUUCCUGCCUUGCGCUUACGUCAAAACUCUCGAACUUUUCGCUUCCGUGUGUGCCCGCGCUGCCAUCGCUCGUACUUUCCGACAGCGUUUUUUGCCCGUAACCGUUCGCUCGCUAUCGUCCCGUCUUUUGUUUCUGCAUCAACUGUCCGAUCACUCGAGGGACAAGGACGAACGUCGAGAGCGAACAAGGCGCAGCGCAGCGAAAGUACACCACACCAUCUCGCUGCCCUCUGCUCCCUGCCAAACGGUACACAGCCUCUCCAGGAACAAAUACAUUCUCCCGCCUCGCCCAAUUAAGUCGCAACGAUGCCUUGCGGUUUCGGGGAUUCAAAGACGGUCCAGCGCAAGCUGGUCUUGCUAGGCGACGGUGCGUGCGGCAAGACCUCGUUGCUAAACGUCUUCACACGAGGCUACUUCCCCACCGUAUACGAGCCGACCGUCUUCGAGAACUACGUGCAUGAUAUCUUCGUCGACAAUGUCCACAUCGAGCUGUCACUGUGGGAUACGGCCGGGCAGGAGGAAUUCGACAGGUUACGAAGUCUCUCAUAUGACGACACGGACCUGAUCAUGCUCUGCUACUCGGUGGAUAGCAAAGAUUCGCUGGAGAACGUCGAGAGCAAGUGGGUGGGCGAGAUUGCCGAUAACUGCCCAGGCGUCAAACUUGUCCUGGUGGCUCUGAAGUGCGACCUGCGAGAGUCCAGCGAAGAGGAGGACGCUGUGAACGAAGACGGCAGCCCACGGGAGAAGAAGCCGAUGAUCAACUACGAGCAAGGACUUGAAGUGGCGCGCCGCAUCCACGCUCUGCGCUAUCUUGAGUGCUCUGCCAUGCGGAACCGGGGCGUCAACGAGGCCUUCACAGAAGCGGCUCGCGUUGCCUUGUCGGUGAAGAAAGAGCGCGAGGAGUCCAAGUGCGUCGUCAUGUAGACGGCUCUACCCUUGGCAGCAGCCGGGGGGCAUCGGACGGGCUGCUCUGAACACGACAUACAGAGCGCGAGACCUCGCGUGGCGAAACCGACCAUAGCAGGUCUCACAGCUCUCCGGCCACUAACCCCACACCGGUUCCUGGUGUUGACGUCGAACGACUUGACCAUGACCGAUUUAUCUCUUCUCGACCACCUUUGCUCUGGGAGUUUGGCGCGCACUCUAUAUUUCUUGCUACGACUUCGAUACGUCUGAAGGGCGCUUUUUCGACUGUAUAUAACUUCGACUCGGCCUUCGCUCGUGCGACCAGAUGCCGAUCUCUUCAUCGCAGGGUUACGUUUGCGAGCCACCUCGUUUUGGAUGCCGACUUUCCCCCGCCCAUUUGCCGCUGAUACCGCGACGAUGCGGUUUAUCAUUCGAGAUGCUGCAGGACCCAUGGUUCGGAGGAGACAUCGGGAUGGUGGCAAAGGAUGCGAGGCAACUGCAAAGCUCGACGUGCACAUUAGGGCGGCCUGCUUUUUUGAAAAGUAGUUAGAUGUUUUAAUUUGGCGAGCUGCGCGGGCGUCGGGCGGCCACGGGGUUGUUUGCUCCUUUUUAGCUAUCCUCGACGGUGAGGCGGCAGGAAUAAGAAUCACAGUGAAUUUGGAAC